AAGAUCAGCUCAUGAAAACAGUGUGUUGGAGCAGGUCCAAGGUUGUGUUGUAAUACGGGGUGAGUGUGUUAUGUAUACCCCUGGUGUGUUUGUGUUGGGACUGGACAUCAAUGGGGUGGUCUCCCUGCUCCAGGGGCUUGGGAGCAGCCAUCAGAGACACUCUCGGCUGGGGUUUCUGGGGGGAUCUGUGACCAUCGAUGCAUGGUUCUAAGGGUGACUGAUACAGAACCAUGCAGUCAUCAGAGAUUCACACCACCUGGUCUUUCUUCACAACAUACACAUCAUUUUCGGGGCCAAACAUGCAUUCCCCUUGCUUGUACUGUACUAUUAAAUAAUAAAUCAUUACGUUAAUAAACACAGAUGAUGUAAUAGAUAUUGAUUUUAAUAACACAGUUAAGUAUUUAUGAUUUAUUCCAGCAUACAUCAAUAAAAUAUUUAUGAAGAGCUCUGCACAGUUUUUUACUACUAAAUAAAUCACCAUGCAGGCUACACAAACAUUAUACAAUGUCCAUAAUAUAGACACCAUAACACACACAUUUAUCCGUGUUCUGUUGGCAUUAACAGCUCUAGAGAAGUGACGUCACAGUCAUUACUGCUGAGGCUGCUACAGCACCUUCACAUGGGCAGGAACACAUACUGUCUCAUUCUGGAGUCAGUCACCGUCAAAUUGCCCCAUUACACGAUCCAUAAUAUAGUAUAAUAGUAUAAUUAGGGGCAGCAAAGUCAAGGUGUUUGAAUCCAAGCCAAAGCUUCUGGGUUCUCAACCCAAUGUCCACAGCCUGUAGGAAUCCUUGAGCGAUGUUAGACUGCCUGCCGCUCCUUAAUGGAACCAAAAAAGGCUCUUCUGGAACAUAACACUGGUAGACCUUUUCAACGACAUUUGUGAAUAAUACCGGCCAUUUUGACCCCACCCGCGCCUCACAUGAGCUGUGCUUUAUUUUGAAGACCUAUUCACCUCAGCCAUGCUAGGGACUGGGAGGAAGCCCUCCCUUAAACACAACUCGAUCCUCUUAUUGUAGGAACAAGAUCUCUUCCAGAGAUGGGUGUGGUACCAGGGAACCGAGACCUCAUGACACAACUGUUCAUUCCCCUGGCCUGCAGCCAGAGAGUGCCUUUCUAUUUGGCUAAUUAUCAAUUAGUUUCAAUUCUUGGCCAAGCACACGCUGAAUGGAUCUGGUGGGCCUGGGUCUCCCAGGCUUGGUCUCUAUCCAGCCGGCUGCACAUGAUCACACUCACACACACACACACACACACACACACACACACACACACACACACACACACACACACACACACACACACACACACACACACACACACACACACACACACACACACAAACACACACACACACACACACACACACACACACACACACUACUUUGGUUUUACAUUGAAAUUGAAGUGUGUUUUCAUCUUCAGGUGAUUUUCAGAACAUGAAAAAUAAAUAUUGCCUUCAUUAGGCUGACUUCAGAUUGAAUGUUGAUUGUUAAAGACAAUCGAAAAUGGCUGUCUCGAAGCCAUUCUUUUCUCACUGAGCCUCCAGCUGCCCUUUAAGGUCUCUACUAUAUUCAACGUACAUUGAUGUUCUCACUCAUCAUGUCUUUGUUUGUUUCUCUUGUCUCCUUUCCUCUGCGAACCAUUUUCAGGUGGUUUGAUGUGUCUAGGGGGUGAAACAGAGGCUCCCACGGUGAUGGACGCCUCCUUGGAUGCUACCACAGGAGCCCCAGACAGCCCGGCCCCAGUGGUCCCAGAGGCCACCUCUGAGACCCCCGUCAAGGCUGACGCCACGACCGGCGCGGUCACCGGGCCGCCGCUGGCCGUCUCCGUCAUCACCGACGUCGGCAGCCUGCUGGAGGUGGCGGCCCAGGAGACCGGCAAGAGCACCCCGGAGCCCGCCGCAGUCCCGUCCGACGCCACCGACGCCCCGGCCGCCCCGACGGACCUCGAGACGAAGGCCCCCGAGACGAAGGCCCCCCUGAAGCUGGUGGUGCCCGUGGUCAACUGUGUGGUGAAGGAGGGCAUCAAAGCCGAACACGUCAAGGCUGUCGUGACAACCAGCAACUGUGAGGAGACGAUGGUGGCCCUGCGGGCAGCUCCUGCGGCCUGGUGUGCAGGAGAGGUCUGCCGUCUGGACGUCUCCCAGGAUGGCAACACCAUCCUGGUGGCCAGCCCCGAUGCUACACCUAGUGUUAUCAAAGCGGCUCUUCAGGGUGAGAAGAUCAAAGAGUCGUUGGGCGUGUCAGGGGUGGAGUCCAGCUCGUCGGGCCCUGGGGCCUCGGUGUUCGUGGGGGUCCUGCUCACCGGCCUGCUGGUGGCCGCCGGACUCAUCGGAGGCUACUUCUUCAAGAACCGUCGCACCCCCGGAGACAAGGGCACCCGACUGGCGGAGGAGGCCUACCCGGUGGACGUGGAGAACCAGGGCAACACGCUGGUGUCCGUGGCCCCCCUAAACCCCCCUCCCGAGACCCAGGAGCCCGCCGAGACCACCGAGAUCCCGGAGCCCAAGGAGCCGGCAGAGGUCCCGGAGAAGCCCAUCGAGAACGGAGAGGCCCCCGAGGAGGUGAAGGUGGACCCCCCGCCGCCCACCAACGGCACCUCCACCGCUGCCAAGACAGCGGACACUGAGCUGUAACAACACUAAACCACCAUAGGGUAGACACCCCUACCCCGGAAAACACACACACACACACACACACACACACAUACACACGCACACAGACACACAGACACACACACACACACACACACACACACACACACACACACACACACACACACACGCACACACACGCACAUGAUAAAUGUCCACCUCCCCAUCCCGUCCACUCUCUCCGAGAUUCCCGACACCAACCCUCUUUCCACUGGAGGAACACAAGAGCCAGGAGCACAGUGGACAUGCUAAACUUGAACCAUCCUUCACCCCCUCCCUCCCUCCCCCCCCUCCCUCCCUCCCCCCAACCCCAAUCAUUCUGUCAGGGCCUCUCCUCCCCCUAUCGUGUAACCAGCCCUGCUACUAAACCAGCCGUCCUCCUCACAGAAGACGUUACGCCACAAAGGAAUUGGGUUGAUUGCGUUCUGGGUUCAGCAUUCUGGGGUCGCUGGCGUUGUGUGGCUGGGUGUGUGACUGGCUGUGUUUUACGAGGGUUAUUAAGAAUGAUGACACCGGCCUCAGGAGUCACUGUGUCUCUCUCUGUCCACGCCCAAUACAAGCGGUCCCUCGGCACUUCGUCAGCCUUAACUCGUUGGCCACACCUUCUUCUAUCCAUAACGCAAGCACAAUUUUCUUAAUAACCCCCCCCCCCCCGCGCCCCCCCUUCCCCGCCCUGGUUGAGUGGAAAGGCAGAGGCCUGGACAACCAACCCCUCUGAAAGUAUUCUUUAGGGCUCUGACCUUAGACUAGAGUUGUGAUGUGAUGUGUGUCUGUGUCUGUACGCAAAUCAGUAUACCCAUGGGUCAUGCAGUGGUACAUUCCAAAUAAAGGUGUGGGUGUGUGUGCUCAUGUGUGCGUGUAUGUGUGUGUGUCUUUUGUGUACGUGUGCGUUAUGUGAGACAGAGAGAGACAGUGAGAGAAAGGAAGAGUGAAUGUCUUUUUUGUAUCUAUACUGGCAUGGUAUGUAUGUAUCCUUAUACAUCAACAUUGUUUCCAUAUCCCCAUUUGUGCUCCGUUUGACAUUUCCUUUCGGGUACCGUGCCCGGAUGUGCAUCGCAUGACAGUAGCACAACAGAGCCGUACAGAUGUGUACAACCAGUUGACAAAGUGAUGGUAAGAAGCCACGGGGGCUUUAAUCCCAACGCAACAAGAAGACCCUACAAUCACCCCUCCCACGAGACGCUCUAUGCACCUCAUCACUGCAACAAGACCUGCCAGCCUCUCCGAGACCAGUCUGAUUCAGACAGAAGGUCCACCAGCCUUCUGUCUGUGGCGCCUCGGGCCCCCGAGACCGAGGCAGGGGCCCCCCCACCCGAGGGAGGGCCGCAUUUUUGUCACUGCUGCCGAAUAUGUUGUCAGUAUUAUAGUUUUUUGAUACCUAUUCUCUCUUUGUAAUAGCGUUUUUUUUUUGCAGAACAGUGAUGUAAAAUAUGGCGAUUGGACUGUUUUGGUUUUCUUUUUCUCGUGCUGUGUACUCACGUGCUUUGUUUUGUGCCAAAUGGUUAUACUUGAUUGCUUUUUGAAUAAAAUAAAAAAAGGAAGAGAGGAACAUUUGGAAUAACCGUUUUGUUUGGCCCCUUCAUAAUGUAAGCCCUGUGAUGUAACGAAAAAGAUCAUGGAAAAGGAGACAAUGAACAACAUUUAAUAAAAUCUUUUUUCCAUUUUCCCAAAAAACAA